GACGUCACCGACCAGCGCCCAGCGGAGCCGCAGGGCCUGGACGAGAGGCUGCUCCCCACACGCGCUGGGGUAGCUCUGGACCCUCUCGGAGCUAGUGAAGAUCUUCGGGUCAGGUCUGGAGGCUGACUCCGGAGCGGGAAGUCGGGGCGUGUGUGUGGUGGGGGCGGGGAGCGGACGACGCGCCCUUCCUCUCCACGGGCUGACGCGGCCUGAUGAUGUCACGGCGCAUCAUGGCGGCGGCGGCAGCUCAGAGAAGGUGAAGUUUUGGGGCCCGGGUGGAUUCAAUGCAGCAGCAGCCUGUGAAAGUGAGAAAUGCCCGGAUCCUUCCCUUCUUUUCCAGGCCAGCACAGUUCAUGAUGUCAGCCUUGUGAAAACAAUCCAUCUCUGGAAAACUUCUCCUUCUCUGUAUCAGUUACAUUGGUGGACGGUCCUGUGGAUCCCUUUUUUCCCUUUUCCUGCUAGAAGUUGCUCUGCACAAAAUUGGCGCAAUGUCCCUGAUCUUCUCUCACUCCAGCCCCAUUGUUUCAAUCAAGAAGGACAAAAGGCACAUGGCCGAGGUGAACGCGUCUCCGCUCAAGCACUUUGUCACCGCCAAGAAGAAGAUCAAUGGCAUUUUCGAGCAGCUGGGGGCAUAUAUUCAGGAGAGCGCUACGUUCCUAGAGGACACGCAUAGAAAUGUCGAACUCGAUCCAGUCACCACGGAAGAGCAGGUGCUGGAGGUGAAAGCCUACCUGUCCAAAGUGAAGGGCAUCAGUGAGGUCCUGGCCCGACGGCACAUGAAGGUGGCCUUUUUUGGCAGGACAAGCAAUGGGAAGAGCACCGUGAUCAACGCCAUGCUCUGGGACAAAGUCCUCCCCUCCGGGAUCGGCCACACCACCAACUGUUUCCUGCGGGUGGAGGGCACAGAUGGCCAAGAGGCCUUCCUGCUCACCGAGGGCUCUGAGGAGAAGAAGAGCGUCAAGACGGUAAACCAGCUGGCCCACGCCCUUCACCAGGAUGAGCUCCUAAAUGCUGGCAGCCUGGUGAGUGUGAUGUGGCCCAAUUCCAAGUGUUCUCUUCUGAAAGAUGACUUGGUGCUGAUGGACAGCCCUGGGAUUGAUGUCACUACAGAACUGGACAGCUGGAUUGACAAAUUCUGCCUUGAUGCAGAUGUAUUUGUAUUGGUGGCCAAUUCAGAGUCCACACUGAUGCAGACGGAAAAGCAGUUCUUCCACAAGGUGAGCGAACGCCUUUCUCGCCCCAACAUCUUCAUCCUCAACAACCGAUGGGACGCCUCUGCCUCAGAGCCAGAGUACAUGGAAGAGGUCCGGAGGCAGCACAUGGAGCGCUGCACCAGCUUCCUGGUGGAUGAACUGGGCGUGGUGGAUCGGGCCCAAGCUGGGGACCGCAUCUUCUUUGUGUCUGCCAAGGAGGUGGUCAAUGCUAGGAUCCAGAAAGCUCAAGGGAUGCCAGAAGGAGGAGGCGCCCUGGCUGAAGGGUUUCAAGUGAGAAUGUUUGAGUUUCAGAACUUUGAGCGGAGGUUUGAGGAGUGCAUAUCACAGUCAGCCGUGAAGACCAAGUUUGAGCAGCACACUGUCCGAGCCAAGCAGAUGGUGGAGGAUGCGCGCCUCAUCAUGGAUUCUCUGCAUGUGGCCGCGCAGGAACAGCGAGUUUACUGCCAGGAGACACGAGAAGAGAGGCAGGACAGGCUGGGAUUCAUUGACAAGCAAUUAGAACUCCUAACUCAGGACUACAGGAUUCGAAUUAAGCAAAUCACAGAGGAGGUGGAGCGACAGGUGUCUAAUGCAAUGGCUGAAGAGAUCAGGCGCCUCUCCGUGCUGGUAGAUGAAUACCAAAUGGACUUUCACCCCUCUCCAGUGGUUCUCAAGGUUUAUAAGAAUGAGUUACAUCGCCAUAUUGAGGAGGGGUUGGGCCGUAACCUGUCUGACCGCUGCUCCAAUGCCAUCACUGGGGCCCUGCAGACCAUGCAGCAGGACAUGAUAGAUGGCCUGAGACCUCUCCUCCCCGUAGCCCUGAGGAGUCAGAUAGAUAUGCUGGUCCCACGACAGUGCUUCUCACUUAGCUAUGACCUGAACUGUGACAAGCUCUGUGCCGACUUUCAGGAAGACAUUGAGUUCCACUUUUCUCUUGGAUGGACUAUGCUUGUGAAUAGGUUUCUGGGACCAAAGAACAGUCGCCGGGCCUUGAUGGGCUAUAAUGACCAGAUUCAGCGUCCCAUACCUUUAACUCCAGCAAACCCUAGCAUGCCUCCCUUGCCUCAGAACUCUCUCUCCCAGGAAGAGCUCAUGGUUUCCAUGGUCACUGGCUUGGCCUCCCUGACCUCCAGGACCUCUAUGGGGAUCCUCGUUGUUGGAGGAGUGGUCUGGAAGGCAGUGGGCUGGAGGCUGAUCGCUCUUUCUUUGGGACUCUAUGGCCUUCUCUACGUCUAUGAGCGCGUGACGUGGACCACCAGAGCCAAGGAGAGGGCCUUCAAGCGCCAGUUUGUGGAGUAUGCCAGUGAGAAGCUGCAGCUCAUCAUCAGCUACACUGGCUCCAACUGUAGCCACCAGGUCCAGCAGGAGCUGUCUGGGACCUUUGCUCACCUGUGUCAACAAGUGGACGUGACCCGGGAGACUCUGGAACAGGAGAUUGCUGCCCUGAAUAAAAAAAUUGAGGUUCUUGAUUCAUUGCAGAGCAAAGCCAAGCUCCUCAGGAAUAAGGCAGGUUGGCUGGACAGCGAACUCAACAUGUUCACCCAUCAGUACUUGCAGCCAAGCAGAUAGUGUGGAAAGCUGGGAGCUCCAGGAGGUGUGAAGAGUGGACGUUGGGGCCCAGACUGAGGCGAACAGUGGGAGGGGCCUCAGGCCAAGACACAAGCCAAUCCUUGUGGGUAGCAGCCACGUAAAUGAUAGCACCCCAAUUUCUGAUAUGGCGUUGAACCUUUAAACGCUAGUUAUUUAUUACCCUUCCUUUGCCUGCUCCUGAGAUUAGAUGGCUUGCAAGAAGAAUGUCUGUCUCCAUAUGCUUAAAGAAGAGUUUUUCUUGUAAAGAUAGCUGCAGAUGGUACUGAGGUUUCUUUAAAUUUUGUUAUUUCUAAACUUUUAUCAAGUUCUAAUUGAUUCAGUCUUUUGGUUAUUUGGUAAAUGAUUUGUUACAAUGAUUCAUUUGAUCUCAGAGUUGGCCAAAGCCUAUGUUAAGAGUAUUGGAGAAACUUAGUGCUCAAGCAGAGUCCCCCCUUCCCCUCCCUCCCUCCCGCCCGCCCUCUGUGGCAUUCACACUACCCUGCGUAGAGCCACCAUCCUCCACUCUUCUUCAGCUGAAAUACAACAGUAGAGAACAGCAACUCUUGUGAGCACUUGCAUUCGCCCCUCAGCUACAAAUGUUCAUUUGAAAUAGCUACAGAGAAGUUGAGAGUCACAGCCAGAUCCAGCCCAGGAAGAAGUCUUACUUGGGUUCCUUGGGCUUGAUCAGUGUGGAUCCUCUUUGCCCUUUGCAGUGCUUUCCAUCAGUCUUGCUGACAGCACGUUGUCAGGGGUGUUUGAUAAACCCAAUGGCUGGGCCAACAAGGCUUAGCCAACUGAGAGCUGUUUGGGAUUUGAAGAAUUGCUGCAAAUGGAACAGUAGGUGAUGAAAAUUGCUGAGAACACUUAGCAGUCCAUCAGUACAUGAGGAUUGAAGUGCAUGGAUGUGGUGUUCACUUUCAAGAUGGUGGCACUUUCCGACAUUCUCUUCCCCAGUGUGUGUCUGGUUCAGGUCCUUGGUUUCUGUGGUGUAUCUGUGUGAGGUCUCCCUCUAUGAAAGAUAAGUAGGUUUAAAGAAAGGAAGGAAGAUGAGGCAGAAGUGGCUUGGGAAAUUGAGAUAGGAGGCAUGGGCAGCAAGCAUAGGAUUAUGGCGCCUUCCUGCAGGACAUCUUUUAGCAUCAGAUCAAAUGAUGGUUGUCAAGCUAGCCUUUGUACUUGAAGAAGGCCCUCUUACCCGUAAGCCCAGCUUAGGUUUGCCAUCCUUUGCAUCUUCCCCUGACUAGCAGCCUGCAUGUGUGUCUAAAAGAAUCUGUUCCAUGUUACUGCAGCUGUUUCUGGCUCAGCAUUCAGUGCCAGUGACUCCUUGGAAUCAUUUGACAGAGAAUUUGGAAAAACUCAAACCUCCCCCAUCUAUCUCCCACCAUCCAUCCCCAUAAGUUUCAGUCUGACACACAUCUUGGUCAUGUGAGUGCACUGAAGACUGUUUGCUGUCAUUAAGUUUGGAGAUGACUCCUCAUUGAAGGUGGACGAGCCCCUGCCCUCAGAAUGUCGGCUUCUUCUCUGGUCCCAGGCAGAGCCUGGGAAAAGCAGCGUCCAUCCUGCAGAGUCUUGAAGCCCUGGAGAAUGGGACAGUGACUGUCCAUGGGGAGAUGGUAUUGCCCUAAAGGAAAUGGCUCACCUGGGAGACAGAGACCCCCUUCUUUCCCUCGAGAAUGCCGUGUAUUCACUCCAGCUCCCUCCUUGCUUCUGCAUCUUGCUGCCAUUGCAUCGUCCUGGGCUUGGCUGUUCAUAUAUCUUGUGCAACAUAUGUUUCAGUCUCCAUUCACAACCCAGUAAGCAGGCAGGAGUGUUGGAAAACGAUUUGAGUGCAGACUGAGCCCUGUGUAGUUCAGGUCCCACUACUGAGUCUAGCUGUAGCCAUGGGAGGGGUGAAGGGAGCCCCCUUGUGAUAGUGCUGUUGGGCAGGGACUUGGAUAGCAUUCAUGCACCUGCCUGUCCCCGGAUCCCAGUGGCACAAAAACAGAAGGGUAUGUGGUAGGUCUUUGUCAGCGUAGGAACAUGGCAAGAGGAUAUUUUUAAAUGUUUUGCCAGGAUUGACCGGUGGUAGCCUCAAAGAUUGAUUUAAAAAUCACUGUAACAGCACAGUCGCCAAUGAAUUCUGUCGUAUUUGUGGGUUUUUUUUUAAUCUAAAUUUAAAAAAGAAAACAUCUUGAAUGUAACGCUGGGGAGUAAAUGGGAAUUUUGAGGUUCUUAUGUGAUAUAUGGGCAAAAUUUAAUUUGUGACAAUGAGGAAAGACCCUUUACUAAAAGAAGUUUGGCAAAAAGCACUUUAUUUUAAUGCUGCUAACUUUUUUCCCUUUCUUGUAUUGUUGGGUUACCAAGACCUAAGCUUGAUAAUGAGUUCUCUCUGUUGUAUUUAAGGUGAUAGAUUUUCCUGAAUUAGCCCUAUAUCAUUGCCGAGAAUAUUGGAAACUGAAAUAAAAAGCUGUUGGGAAACA